CGUUGGAAACAACCAAGAUGGCGGGUUAGGAUGUAAACAGCUACGGUCUAGGUUAGAGUGAGGAGUUUUUUAUACACACAGGCAUAAUGCCAAGCACCAUUGUCCCCAUCAGUCUAACCCGCAGUCACUCCCUGAAGGGUGCUCCAGAGGGACUGAGGUAUGGUAACUUUGAGGGAAUCGUCUACCUACCACCAUUAAAAUCAGAUUCUUCUGUUGGUGUGCAAAGCUACUCCAAGUUCAACAAUCAACAAAUUUAUAAAACCAUUUGUGACUGGUUUGAAUCAUGGAGGCCUUGGCAACAAAAGACUCUUCUGUAUGGUAUUGUGGACAGGUGCAGCACAAGACAAUUGGACAUUUUGGCAACCACAUUGGAACCAGUCAAACACCGGGACUAUGCAGCUGCAUACAAGCUUCGGUAUCCCCUCUCCCCCUUCAUGAACUCAAAAACCAGGUCUGACAUCCGAGAAAGCAGAACGCCAUCUAAAAUAGGCAGCCGACAGUCACAAAAGAGCGACAAUAAUAGUGUCUACACUAUUGCUAGUAUGUACGAUGAGAGAGCUCUUCUAGGACCUCCACAAACGCAGGCUUCAGCUGUACAGUCUCUCAAGUAUGAUCAGGAGGAUUUAUUGUCUGACUCAGCGGUCAGUUCUGUGCCUUCAACCACUAACAAAGAGGUAAAUAAAGGAAGUAUGGUUACAGACAAACUGGGAGUCAUUCAGGAGAGAGUUAUUUUCUCAGAGAGGACAGAAUUGUCCCCUGUUCACAACUUUGCUGACAAUCUGGCAAGUACCAUCAUGCAGAGUGCCUUGGGAGAGGUUGCUAUACUACAGAAAUUUGUAAAUAGAGAAAACACAACAUUUUCAGAGGAAAACAAACCAGUAUCCAGGAAAUCCAGUUUACAGAGGAGUCAGUCAGUACAGCUUCGGAGAAAAUCCGAUCUUAGUCUCAUUCCACCUCCAGGGAGAGAGUUCCGAAUCAUAUCUCCUGCUGUCAGAUCAAUGGUGAAGACAGAUCUGCCAAAGCGUGGGACAGAGCUUACAAGGAGUCUGUCUAAUAUUUCUCACAAAAGUGUAUCACACCUGAGGUACGAGUUCUAUGGCGCCCCAACAACCAUUAGCACUCCAGACUUUUUCUCCAGGAGAGGACUAGCUAGAGAAGGUUCAAUGCAGAAAGAAAUCCGAUAUGGACAAGUGAAGAAACCCAGAUAUCUACAAGAUGUCCCCAUCUCCCUACAGCGGUCAUUUAAAGGGGUCAAGUGGUGGACAGAACAACCACAUGAAGGAAUGGUUUUUCUUAAAGCCAAGAAGAGAGAUCUCAUUGCUCAUUUCAAAGAACAACUUCUGAAGAUUUGGAAUUGGCUUGACAUGUGGGAGGACUAUGAAAAAAUAACACUGUUGAAAGAAAUUCUCAAGAUUUCAGGAUCAGAGGUAUUGAAUGCCAUGAAUCACCACAUUCACCAAAGACUGAGAGGAACCAGGGACAUCAAUAGACUUUCAGACAAAAUUCUUCUGUACAUCUUCUCCCUACUGAUGCCAAAGGAUGUUAACAUUUCAGCUCAAGUAUGUCGACGAUGGCGGUUUCUCUGUGCUACAGAUAGUCUGUGGAUGAUUAAAUGUCAUGAAUUAGGUUUAGAGGAAGGAAUAACCAAUAUGGAGAAAAUUGUGUUACGAGCCAACACAAGAAAGAUGGGCAUUGAUUGGAAACUUGCAUACAAUGAAUUAAGGAGGCUGACUAACAUGAUGAAAAUGGAAGCCAGACGGAGAGAGUUAGCUGCCAUUGAAGAGGCAGAGCGUCUACGGCUCCUAAAGGCAGAACAAGAAGCUUCAAAACGAAAAAUAGUCUACCGAAAACCAAGUUUAGCGAGUGAUUUACAAAGUGUAGGUAUUUUCCCAACUAUACGCGAGGUAGCUUUGGAGCAACCUUCAAAAUUUCAGCUGAAGUCUGAAGAUAUUUUAAUUCAGUAUCAAAGGAUGUUUCACUAUGAUGUCUACACCCCUCCUACUCCUUCAGAUGAUCGGAGAAACAUCGCAACUGCUGAAGUUGACAUAGAAGUGAAGAGAGGUACACAAGCUGUCCUUGAGAAAGAGGAAGCAGAGAAGAAAGAGAAAGAGGAGGCCAGGAAAAGAGAAAGAUAUGCCAUCAAGUUUAAGAGGGUGAAGGAAGCUUCAAAAGUAAAAAAUGAUGAAGAGGAGAAGAGUGAUGAUGGAGAUGAUGUGUCUGAUGAAGACCUUUCUCAGUUUGGGGAUUUUGUGUACCAGGCUUGUGAGGAUGAGGAGGAUGAUACAGAUGAAAGAGAACAAACUAGAUCUCAACCACACUGGAAGCCGUUGAAAAAAUCUGGUGCAGAAGACAACCCAAAAGAACUAGAAAAAAUAGAGGCAGACCAUCAGGUAGACCAGAGGCAAAGAGAGAAGGAGGAGAAGAAGAGAUACUUAACAAAGAAACAGAAGACUGAUGUUAGAGAGUUAAGAUCCAUGGUUAAACAGAAGCCACAGCCCAGAAAACCAAAAGAUGAGAUUGCCCUGGACGUAAGGACAGACCUCAUCCAGGCAGAGGACCUUUUGGGAAAAUCUGCACCAAGCUUGCACUUGGAAUGGAAGAAAGAGGACCAGCAGCAGGAGGACAGCGAGUACAAACUGGCAGUCCAGCGGUAUAUGGGGGUGGUCAAAAGUGUGCGCAGGGUACGCAAACUCCAGGGUCAUAUGAAUGGAGUGGUUUGUGUCCAUUUUGACAAGAAACGCCUGAUUUCAGCUGGUCUGGACAGGUGUAUACGACUGUGGGACAUCAGGAGUGGGCAGAGUAUACACAAAUUCUAUGGGCACAAGGGUGGAGUGCGAUGUCUGCAAUUUGAAGGCAACACCCUUAUUUCUGGCUCCUGGGACACAACUGUAAUUGUUUGGGAUUUAAAGACGUUUGAGAAGAGAGCCAUCUUAGGAGAUCAUAGAGGGUGUGUGUCUUGUGUACAGAUGCACCACAAGUACAUAGUAUCUGGAUCACAUGACAAGACAGUGAUGUUGUGGCACAGGUUGACCUUUAUGCACUGCAAGACCAUUGAGCCAGGACAUAAGUCUGGCAUCCACUGUUUACACUAUGACGGGGAGUGUGUAGUUACCGGCUCCAGUGACAUGACACUACGCCUCACAAACGUUGAAACAGAACAGUGUUUGCAUGUUUUUGAGAAUGGCCAGAAUCAAGUUUUGUCAGUUUUGAUCCAGGGAGACUUGCUCAUAAGUUCGGACACACAUGGACAUGUUUAUUUCUGGAACACUAGGACUGGUGAAAGUGAGGCUGCCAUACAGGCCCAUGAUGGUGCAGUAAACAAACUUGCCUUCCACAGAGGUCGAUUCUUUACAGCAUCGUCGGACUGCACUAUGAGAGAAUGGGAUUUACUAACCAUGACAAGUGUGAGGGUCCUUCAAGGUCAUAAAGGGCCCAUUAGGGAUGUCAAGGUCUCGAACGAACGUAUUGUGACGUGUAGUGAUGAUGGCACCAUUCGUAUCUGGGAUCUCAUCGAAAACAAACGAUCCCCACGUCACAACUGAUGCUUGUUAUAGACCAACAGACGACGUAACUGAUCACGUGAUCGAAGAUGGACUGGACGUCAUUACCAUUUAUGGAUGUUCUCGUUUCCAGAUAGUUUGUUUUGUUCGUUUUCAUUGUUGAUUUUUGCUACCAGCAUGUCGAACUGUGAUACCUCACCGUUUUUAUUAUUAUCUAUAGUUUUUUGUUUUGUUUGUGUGUGUGUGUGUGUACUUUAACGAUAUUUAUGUGUCAAUUUCAAUCUCAUACCAAGUAUUAACUAACAAAACUUGCCAUAUAUAAAUGUAAAUGAUAAUGAAAUAAGUCCUUGGUAUAGGCAAAACAUAUAUUUAAUCAGUCGAAGAUUUCACAUUUAUUAUCAAGCGCUUUCAUUCUAUGGCUCUUCAGUGGAAUUUGGAAAACAAAAAAGAGCCGUAGAGCGAAAACACUUUGGAAGAUAUAUAUAUAUAUAU